UUUCUUUUAUCUAGAUGCUAAGCUAACUUGUUGCUAGCUGUCACUUUAGCUUCUAUCUCCAUUUGCAGGCCGCGUUAUUUUUAGCGGGAAUGCAAAUAUGUGCCCACUUUGGUGAGGGAGUGAAAUGGUUCUUGUCCACAAGUCACACCGACACUCCCUCCUCGCAGCCUCCCACACACGCAAACACGCGGCCGUGCUUUGCGAGCCUCCAAGCCCCGCCUCCAACUCGCCUGGUCGGACUGCGUGGCUCCGUCGCUCCCGAUGAUGAUGCUGGAGCUCCAUCUCUCAGCAGGUCUGGAGUCCACCUCUUCCACGCUGGAGCCGCCACAAGGAGCUUCUUUCAUUCACCUCGCCGUCUUUUAGCCUCACCUUGUUGGAUGUUUAUGUGAGGGGGGCACUCGCCAUGACUUUACAGCGCACAUCAACACUUCUCCUAUAGAGCGGGAAUAGGAGGACUUUCUUCCGGGCGACGUUGAACUUUCUUUGGACUCGGCUAUGUGGCUCCUUUGGCCCAGUCUGUGUGCGAGCGGUCUGGCUUCCCGUUGGCGGACUUGCGAUAUGCUUCUGUUGUGUUUCUUUCCAGGAGGAUGGACAAUGAAGGCGGACAGAAGACUUCAUUAUUCGGGCUUUAAUUAGCACUAAGGAUUGUUCUAGAACCCAUCGCAUUCUCAUACAAGUUUCGCCUUUUUUUUUUAUAACACUGACAUUUCUUUAAAAGAUGUCUAACAAACAUUUUUUUGGGGCCUGAAUGUGACUUUUUGACGGUUUUCUGAUGAGGUGUGUAAUUGUUGGUUACAGUUGACAAGUGGUUUUAAAUGCGAUUUUGGAAAUUGUAACUUUUUUUUAACUCCUUUUUUUUUUUUUUUUUUUUUUUAAAUAAUUUUUAGGCCUGAAUAUGACUUUUUGAUGGUUUCCUGAUGAGGUGUGUAAUUGUUGGUUACAGUUGAGGAGUUGUGUUAAAUGCGAUUUUGGGACUUUAAACUUUUUUUUUAACUCUUUUUUUAUUAUUAUUUUUUAACUUUUUAAAACUUUUUUUUAGGCCUGAAUGUGACUUUUUGAUGGUUUCCUGAUGAGGUGUGUAAUUGUUGGUUACAGUGGAAGAGUGGUUUAGCAGAACCUGAUGUCAGCCUGCUUUUAAAAGCGAUUUUGGGAUUUUUAACUCUUUUGAAAAACAUUUUUUUUUAACUCUUUUUAAAAUAAAAAAAAAACAUUUUUAGGACUGAAUGUGACUAUUUGACGGUUUCCUGAUGAGGUGUGUAAUUGUUGGUUACAGUUGACGAGUGGUUUUAAAUGCGAUUUUGCGACUUUUAACUUUUUUUUUUUCUUUUUUUUUUUUCUUUUUUAACUUUUUUAGGCCUGAAUGUGACUUUUUGAUGGUUUCCUGAUGAGGUGUGUAAUUGUUGGUUACAGUGGAAGAGUGGUUUAGCAGAACCUGAUAUCAGCCUGUUUUUAAAAGCGAUUUUGGGACUUUUAACUAUUUUUUUAAAAACUUUUUUUUGUAAACAUUUUUUUUAGGCCUGAAUGUGACUUUUUGACUGUUUCCUGAUGAGGUGUGUAAUUGUUGCUUACAGUUAGCAGAGCCUGAAAUCAGCCUGCUUUUAAAUGCGAUUUUGGGACUUUUAACUAUCCACGCUUGGCUUUAGUUACAAAGUCUCCUCCAGGAGUUUCUUCCCCACAGUUGGACUACCAUCCCUCCCUCCGUGGACCAUGUGGCUGUCUCGCCUGGCCUUGCUGCUUCUCCUCCGGCUGUCCGUGGCCUUGGUGAAGGGCAUCAACACGUGUCAGUUCAUCAACUUGGACGAGCAGAAGUCGCGGCGCAUCGAGGCGGUGCGCGGACAGAUCCUGAGCAAGCUGCGCAUCCAGAGCCCCCCGGACGACGACGACGACGACGAGGCGGCGGCUGUGAGCGGCGCGGUGCCCCCGGAGGUCAUGCUGCUCUACAACAGCACCCGGGAGCUGCUGAAGGAGCGCGCCAGCUUUGGGGAGUCGCAGGCGUGCGAGCGAGAAAGCAGCGAGGAGGACUACUACGCCAAGGAGGUGCAGAGGAUCGACAUGCUGCCACCCACACAAACUAACGCAGUGCAGCUGCUGCCACUCAACCCGUAUUACAGAAGCGUCCCGUUUGACGUCAGCAACGUGGAUUUGACCAACAGCACUCUGGUCAAGGCUGAGUUCAGGAUCUUCCGAGCCCCUAACCCGCAGGCCCGCGCCUCUGAGCAGAGAGUGGAGAUCUAUCAGCUGCUGAAGCCGGACGAGGAGAGCACGUCCACUCAGCGUUACAUAGACUCUCGCACCGUCCAGCCGCGUGCCAGGGGGUCCUGGCUCUCUGUGGACGUCACAGACACGGUCAAGGACUGGGUGUCAGAGCCGGAAAAUAAUCUGGGUUUGAAGCUGGGCGUCCACUGUCCCUGCUGCACCUUUGUACCCUCCACCAACAACAUUGUGCCCAACAAGAGCGAAGAACUGGAGGCUCUCUUUGCAGGCGUGGACAACGAGCAGCUUCGCCAGAUCAAAAACCAAAGCCAGGUCAAAGGUCAGGGGGAUUUCAGCACUAAGACGCCUCACCUCAUCCUCACCCUGCUGCCCAGCGAUAGAGUGGACAAGCCGACCAAGAGAAACCGCAAGAAAAGGGCGGCGGCGGCCACCGACGCCGCCACCUGCUCCCGCGGCUCCGAGUCGGGCUGCUGCCUGCGCUCGCUCUACAUCGACUUCAGACGGGACCUCAACUGGAAGUGGAUCCACGAGCCCAAAGGUUACAAGGCCAACUUCUGUGCAGGCAACUGUCCUUACCUGUGGAGCGCCAACAACCACUACAACAUGAUUCUGCCGCUGUACAACAAACUCAACCCGGAAGCCUCGGCCUCGCCCUGCUGCGUCCCCCAGGACCUGGAGCCCCUCACCAUCAUGUACUUCAUCGGCCGCUCGCCCCGCGUGGAGCAGCUCUCCAACAUGGUGGUGAAAACCUGCAAGUGUCGCUGACGGGACACCCCCCCCCCCCCCUGCAUCAACUUCCUGUAAAUACAUCUGCUCUCGCCCGUGCCGUUUUGCCCCGGACCUUGGCGAGAUGAAGAAAGAGGAGCCGUGUCCCAGCCCGGGUCCUCCCUGGCUGCCAGCGCCCUGUGGUCCCCCAAGUCUGCCCGCCCGGCGUAAACAGGAUGUGAACGCUUUCCACACAGCUUCCAUUUUAAGACCUGGACCCGCCUCCUUCUGGCAUUUGUGGCGGGAGGACAGACGUGGGCGGGGCGAUAUUUGUCGUCCUCCUUUUUAUGUUUUUUUUUUAUUCAUUAUUCUCUAAAAGUGUCCACUCGUCAUUUUUCCUCGCUUCUGGCAA